GAGAAAAAAUCUAUGAAGCAAACCGCUGAGCUCUCUCUAGUCUUUUCCAUUGCUGAGUUCAGACUUUCGAUCCCGACUAUGAAUCCCUAAUUUUUCCGAUUGGGAGAUGGCGACGAGUGCGAUCCGUCAGGUCGAGCUAGUUUGAGGUGAUGGCAGACACAGGAAAUGUGGCUACUCUGACUGGAAUUAACAAUUUGCUGCUAAUAGACUUGUAAUUGCUUCACUGCUCCAUUGCUCCCCCAUGUCUACAUUUAAAUCAGAUUCUGGUGGUUACUCUCGUGAGUCCAUAUAUGGUUCACAUGUUUAUGGACAUGAUCUGAAGUCUUUUACGGGCGAUUCAUCAAAGCUAGAUUUUAUACACGGCUCUAGAUGGUGGUUGAAUCAGCAAGCCCUUGGUGGAGAAUACUCUCAUGAACAAUUGAAUGUGUUCAGAGCAGAGGCCAACCUUUCAGAGGCUGGGGAUGUCGAUCUAAAUGGAAAACUAGGAGGAGAAAACAAACUGAUUGAGGAUUAUUGCACUGCUUGCCCCAAAAGGGAUGCUGAUUCUUGUGUACACGCGAUGUUGAAGCAAUGUUCUCAGAGCAAAAACAAAGAGGAUAGCUGGUUGCAAGAGUUUGAGGCAACUGUUGUCGAUGAUCUGCUCUCUAAUGUUGAUCUGAUGGAUUUGGUUUCUAGUGACUCCCUGCUACUCGAGCGUUCAAAGAAGCUAUCAUCUGAGGUGGAUUCGCAUUGGAUAGGACUUAAAAAGACGGAGCCGUGGUGGCAUGCUGGCGAUAAAGAUGAAUUAGCAUCUCUGGUCUCUCAAACAUCAUCUCACGACAUCAGAGACAAUGAUGGCCCUGGAGCUCAAACCUUCCACGUUGAGAAGAUUGAUAAUCAAGUCGAUAGUUUUGAUCAAUUAAAUGAACAAAUUGCGAAUGAAGCUAUCUUGAAUGCGGCUGACUGUUCUCAAGGUAGUGUUACUUCUUCGAGCCUUGGUAAGUUUCAAACAAAACAAGGACUAAUGGAUUGCUUGCAGCAAGAAUCAGGUGUAACUUACAGCUUUACAGACGACGCCAAUACAACUUCCAGCAACAAAGAAGGUUCCAAUACAACAAGAACAGAUUCAUCAGAUGCCCAAGAAUCAACAACCAGUGCUCUAUCAAGAGCCCAGCUGUUAGAAGCACUCUGCCAUUCUCAGACCCGUGCAAGAGAGGCAGAGAAGUUAGCGCAGACAGCCUGCAACGAAAAGGACCACGUCAUCAAUCUCUUCUUCCAACAGGCCUCAUCCCUCUUUGCUUACAGGCAGUGGCUUCGACUGCUUCAGCUAGAAUCAUUGUGCCUUCAUCUUAGGAGCAAAAGUCAGCUACCCCCGUUGAUCCCACCAUCUUUCCUACCUUGGGCUCGUAACAAUGGCACAAUAGCAAGGAAGAAUCGGCACAGAGCUGCCAAGAAGAAGCAGGGCAAGCAGCGAUGCCACGUUAGAAAAUGCGCCAUUGCGUUUGCAGUAGGUUUGAGUCUUGCUGGUGCUGGUUUGCUCGUCGGUUGGACCAUCGGUUGGCUUUUCCCGGCUUUUUAGCAUCCUACUUGUACAUAUGAUAUCCAUUGAUUGCACAAAGUUGCUGUGAAGUUUGGGCAGUCCGUCAACUGUGCAGGUUGGUUCUUCUUCCCUUGGCCUGUAUAUGUCUAAAGUUUAUUUAUCUUCUUUGCUUAGAAACUUUGUGUUACAUUGUAAUUAUGCACAUACUCAUGUUCUCCUAUUUGUGAUCAUGUGAAAAUAUGUAUAAUAUAUAUAACUAUAUGUAUAGUUGAUGAGUUUGCUUUUUCA